UGCCAUUAUUUCACCAGCCAGCUCCGAUACAUCAGCGGCUUCAUCAUCCCCCGUGUUGGUGAGGGGCGAAGAACAAAAACCCCAAAAGACCAAAAGAAGAGACAGAGAUGAGUCCGUCGACAGCAUCAUCAUCAUCGCCAUCGUCAUAAACGCGCGGGGAACGCACUGAGAAAUAGAUUUCUCUCUUGAAACAAAAGUUAAAUCAAUGGUACAGAAAAGUAGUAUGUCCAGGACGCCUUCGACCUCGACCCAGGAGAUCCAGAUGGACAUGUUCGACCACCAUCCACACACACAGGGGAAGUACGCCAAGAGGAAGGGCCGGUUCAAGCGCUCGGACGGGAGCACCUCCUCCGACACCACCUCCAACAGCUUUGUCCGACAGGGCUCCGCGGACUCCUACACCAGCCGGCCGUCGGACUCGGACGUGUCCCUGGAGGAGGACCCCGAGGCCCUGAGGAAGGAGGCCGACAGACAGGCCCUCGCCACACUCGAGAAGGCGAAGACCAAACCAGUGGCGUUUGCUGUGCGGACAAAUGUCGGCUACAACCCCGGCCCCAGCGACGACGUCCCCGUGCAGGGCAUGGCCAUAUCCUUCGAGGCCAAAGACUUCCUGCACAUCAAAGAGAAGUACAACAACGACUGGUGGAUCGGGCGUCUGGUGAAGGAAGGCUGCGAGGUGGGCUUCAUCCCCAGCCCGGUGAAGCUGGAGAACACCCGUCUGCUGCAGGAGCAACGGAUGAGACAGAACCGACUCAGCUCCAGCAAAUCUGGAGGAAGCUCCAGUCUGGACGUUGCCACGGGAACCCGCAGGCCCACCCCACCUGGUACAGCUCACGUGGACUCGUCCACUGUGACCUUUGACGUCGACCCCCUCGACCUGGAUGCCGAGGAGCCCCCUGAGUCCCAGGGUGACCCUCGCUCCGCCAAGGGCAUAUCAGGCAGCGUCACAUCCCCUCAGGCCAACGCCCACCGACUGCCCUUCUUUAAGAAGAUGGAGCACGUCCCCCCCUAUGACGUGGUUCCCUCCAUGAGACCCAUCAUCCUAGUCGGGCCGUCACUCAAAGGCUACGAGGUGACGGACAUGAUGCAGAAAGCGCUCUUUGACUUUCUGAAACACAAGUUCGAGGGCAGGAUAUCCAUCACGCGGGUGACGGCGGACAUCUCCCUGGCCAAGCGCUCGGUCCUCAACAACCCCAGCAAACACACCAUCAUCGAGCGCUCCAGCACCCGCUCCAGCCUGGACGUACUGGCGGAGGUGCAGAGUGAGAUCGAGCGCAUCUUCGAGCUGGCCCGCACCCUCCAGCUGGUCGCCCUGGACGCGGACACCAUCAACCAGCCCUCCCAGCUGGCCAAGACCUCCCUCGCUCCCAUCAUCGUCUACAUCAAAAUAGCCUCGCCCAAGGUUCUCCAGAGACUCAUCAAAUCCCGGGGGAAGUCUCAGGCUAAACACCUCAAUGUGCAGGUGGUGGCAGCCGACAAGCUGGUUCAGUGUCCACCCGAGCUGUUCGACAUCAUCCUGGACGAGAACCAGCUGGAGGACGCCUGCGAGCACCUGGCCGACUACCUGGAGGCCUACUGGAAGGCGACGCACCCGCCCAGCAGCAACCCGCCCAACCCGCUGCUCAACCGCACCAUGGCCACGGCGGCGCUGGCCUCCUCCCCCGAGCCCGUCUCCAACCUGCAGGGGCCGUACCUGGUGCAUGGCGAGCAGAAGCGCGACGGGCCCCUGACGGAGUGCGGUGGGAGCGGCACUCUCCACGACUAUCAGACCGACCUGGGAGGAAAGCCCCAGCUGCAGCAGCAGCAGACGUACCCGCCCUCCUCCCGUGGCCAGCUGCGGGGCGGCAGCGGCCGGGGCCUGUCGCGGCAGGACACCUUCGACUCCGAGACCCAGGGCAGCCGGGACUCGGCCUACACCGAGGCGGGCGACUCCUGCAUGGACAUCGAGACCGACCCCUACGAGGAGCCCGAGCCCUACCGGGGGAGCGCCGGCAGCCGCCUCCACCUGGCGCAGCAUCACGGCCGACAGGCGUCCUGGGAGGACGAGGGCGCCGAGCCGGACCAGGAGAACCUGAACCACCCGCCCAUCCCGAGCCAGACGCAGCCGCACGGACGGGCCAAGCUGAGGGAGCGCUACUGCCAGGACCCCGUGGACACGGGGGCCAACAUGAGCCGCAACAAGAACCAGGACGACUGGGGGAGGGACGUCUACAUCCGCUGAACGUCGUGCCGCGGAGGCAAGCGAGCUCCUGGACGGACUGAGGGCGGAGGGAGGGGGGCGAAAGGUUCAGAGGUUCAGAUUUGGGGCUCAGGACUAAACUGAAAUGUGGGGGCCAGGGUCAGGCUAAAGAAAAAAUAAAUCUGUUUACAUCCAUGUACAAUGUAAAUGGACACAUCAACUGCCGCCUUCUCAUCGACUUCUUCUUGCAAUUCAAAUUUAUUUAUGUUUAGAGAAAUAAUAUCGGUCGUCGGUUGGGUUUUUCCUCUUUUUUUGUUUCCUACGUUAAUUACUGCAUGAAUAUCAUGGAUCUCUAUACUGACAGCACGAGGACAGUGAGCGGCACGACUGUGAGUCUCCGAGUGUGACGGCCUGCAGAGCUGUCGCCCGUCCCCGUCCCCGUCCGUCCUCGUCCGUCCUCUGCAGUCUUACACAGGGUCUCAAGUCGCCGUCCCGUCCCCCAGUGUGUGUACGUGCAAGUACCGUGUCAGGGUUCUUCUUCUUCUUCUUCUUCACCUCAAAUCUCACUCUGUGCUUCUUUGGAUUUCAGGGUUCUUCCUCCCGGUACUGACAUGCAGAAAUUAUGAGUCUCUCACCUCCAACUUUCUUGUCACCCAGACCUUAAAAAAACACAACUUAACACCCCCCCCCCCCCCCCCCCCCGCUGGUGGAGAAGUUGCCAUACUUUAACAAGAAAACGUGUGUCAGCUUGAUUACGACAAAGAAAACACUCCAAAGACGUUUACUCCCCCCCCACACCCCCCCCCCCCCCCCCCCCCCCCCCCCCCCCCCCCCCCCCCCCCCCCCCCCCCCCCCCACACCCCGACCUGGUUCAGCCUCCGCGCUGACCCCCAAGUCCUCCCAUCCCUGUUGACCCCCUUCUUCUUCUUACUUGUGUGUGUGUGUGUGUGUGUGUGUGUGCUGAGGGCGCCUGCUGUGUUCACUUGUCCUCACUUGGUUUUUUCUUACACAGCACAUGCGAUUAGUGGUCGUGUGAAUGAAGUGUCCUGCCUUAGUCACUCCCACCUUAAACAAAAGAAAACAACCACCCUUAAUUCAAGAAGAAAACUCCAAUCACAAGUGCCGGAAUGUCUCACCAAGCCAUGUCCACCACUGCCACUGGUGGGACGUCUCAAACUGUUGUUACGCACCUGUGUGUGUGUGUGUGUGUGUGUGUGUGUGUGUGUGUGUGUGGGUCUUCGUGUCCCGUGGCCGCUCCGCAGCAGCAUAGCCCCCACGCUGUCCGCUCAUCUUGUUUCCUUUGCACCAGCUUCGUCGUCUUGUUUUCAGGGCUAAUGGUUAUAUAGGGAAUACGUGUGUGUGUGUGUGUGUGUGUGUGUGUGUGUGUGUGUUAAAUCACUCCCAACUUCCACCCCAAACAGCUAGCUUUUCUGAUAUUAAAAUACCAAUUCUUGAUUUCUGACUGAA